AGUCGGGAAAUAUCCUUUACCUGUGGAGGGAUGUGAUUGGCUGGCAAUAGACUUCCAUAGUCAACAGCUCUUCAGGAGGAGUCCUAGCACAUACAUCACCUGAGCAACUACAAAUAAAAGCCAACAGUUAUUCUCUGGACAAAACCAACACACAGGCGCUGCACAAUACAUAAACCCCCUCUCUGGUUCUGCGAGUACAAUGACCUCCAGCUUCUCUAUGCACAGUCACUCUCUGGGACGGCAGGCGUCUUUCUCCAGCAUGUCUAUGCGUGAUUUUGGGGUUCGUGGACGCUCUAAAGUCCCAGUGUCCCUCUCCUCAGCCAGUAGUCUGUCCCUGUCUCGUUCCACCUCUCUGGGAAAUGGCCUGAACAUCCUAAGCAACCUCUCACUGAAUGGUCUGGGAGUUGGUUCCAGUGACAAGGAGACCAUGCAAGGUCUAAACGACCGACUUGCCAGCUAUCUGGAAAAGGUACGCACUCUGGAGAAGUCUAACGCCGACCUGGAGCUGAAGAUUAAACAGUUGAUGACUGAGCGAUCACCCAAGGGUCACGACAUUGACGGAUUGAUGGCUCAAGCACAUGCGAUCGGACAAGAGGUGAGGAAAAAGACAUUGGAGAAUGCUCGUAUAAUGCUGGAGAUUGACAAUGCCAAGCUUGCAGCAGAUGACUUUAGGGUCAAAUGGGAGGCAGAAGCUUCCCUUUGCCAGUCGGUUGAGAGAGACUGCCAUGCUCUGAGACGAGCCAAAUCUGAUCAUGAUCAGAUCAUCGCAACCCUCCGAGGAGACCUGGACAGUCUGAAAGAGGAGCUUUACUUCCUGAAGAAGAAUCAUGAAGAGGAGAAGAGCACACUGAAGACCCGUCUAGCCAACGAGCAAGUGAACGUGGAGGUGGAAGCAGCCCAGGGCCCAGACCUGGGAGCCAUCAUGGCGGAGCUACGGGUGCAGUACGAGAGCAUCGCACGGAAGAAUAAAGAGGAUGCUGAGAUGUGGUAUCUGAAGAAGCUGGAGAACGUGCAGUCCGAGGUGAAGGAGAGCAACGAGGCUCUGAGAUGUGCUCAGAGUGAGCUCAGUGAAAGACGACGCUUCCUGCAGGCGCUAGAGGUGGAACUGGACAGUCUGCGCAAACAGGUUGGUGUUCUUGAGGGGAACCUCGGAGAGGUGAAUCAGAAGUACGCGGUUGAGAUUGAACGUCUUCAGGGCACACUUACACAGCUGGAGGACGAGCUCUCACAGCUGCGCCUGGACAUGCAAAGAAUCAAAACUGAUUACGAGCAGUUACUGCGUAUCAAACAGAACCUGGAGCUGGAGAUUGCCACCUAUAGAAGGCUGCUGGAUGGAGAGGAAGUGAUAAAAGAGAUGGCCACUCCUAAAAAAGAGCCUGAAGUGAGAACCAGGAAGAUUGUCAAAGUUGUCACCCAGACCAUGGUAAAUGGAAAGGUGGUGGAUGAAUCCAGUGAAGUUGAACAGAUUGAAGAACGAAAAAAGUCUGAUUCUGUAAGGCGAGUCGCAAUAGAGCGGGUCAUUUAAAAAUAGCACAGACCGAAAGUCACACAGUGAAACUAAAUACAUGCGAUACUAGCUGAUAUCCACUGUUUUAGAGGCAGUGGUAGAAAAAUGAUAUGUAUCUGUGGAUGGGGAUUUGAACCUGUCUGGUCACAGUGUGAGAAACCAAGCCGAACGACGAAAUCAAGACAGCCUCACUUUGAGAACGAUGACCGAAAAAGCCCUGACACCAAACCUCUGUAGUGUCAAAUGUCUCGCUUUUGUGAGGGUUUCUGGGCGAAAUACCUGGUAAACAAGAGCUUUGUUUUGCUAUGAUAUUCUUUAGACAUCCCAGAAAUAUAACAAUUUAAGCAUUUGUAAAAACUGGUAACAAAUGUAUUUAAGUCAUAAACAGCAUGCUUUCAGUAUUUGCUACAGUGCAAAGAUUGUGCAAAUGUGAAUGCGUUAAAUAAUUAUUGACAGGCUUAAUGAAUCAGAAUUUUAUUCAUUUUAAAUGCUGGCUAAAACAUUAAAUCAA